AGCUACAAUGGAGAUUGGACACCUGACUUCUGCCGAAAUAAAGCAGUUGUGGAAUCAGGUGGUCACUCAAACGGGUGUCGAAAAGUACAGCUCUGACGAAUGGCAAGAACACUAUGAGCAGUUCUGGAAGUGUAUGGUGACCACCUUGAAACCAUACGUAGCGGUUCAAUCUGUCACGCAAUUCAUCCCAAAUUUUCCACUAGAUGGCGAGCAAUCCGAUGCCCCAAUCAAACCUCCGCCUCGGAAGUCGACACAGGUGCAGCCGCCUGUUAUAUCGGAUUCAAUAUCGGCGCUACGAAUACCACGCGUGAAGUCCGACAAUAACUUCAUAGGAAGCGGUCCAUUGGACCAGAUACCAGGCGGUAUACCAAAUGAGCUGAAUAGUGAGCCACAGCCGCUUCCAUGUCAGAAGCCUAGAUUUGAGGAUUAUAUAGAGCAACAGCCACGCAAUGACCAAGAAGAGAUAAGUCAGUGGCAUCUUCAACAGCAGCAAGAGCAACUUGCAUUGCAAGAUUUAAAUAGCCGCGCUGGAGGAAUUGGUCCAGUUAAAGGACGAAAAAGGUCACGCGAACGUUAUCCACAUCAACAACAAUUCGAACAACAAAAUCUUCAAGUUGAUGGACAACAUCACUGUAAUCGUCCGUUAGAGUUGCAAAAACUUCACAAUGCGCAAUUAACGGAACCGAUUCCUGGACAGGAUAAUCAGGAACAGAAUUGUUCAUUGUCAGACGAGAUAACGACGAAACGAAAACGAUCUCGUCGUGCACAUCCGGACAACCAAUUGUCACCGAAAAAACCGAAGCUUACUCUAGAUAAUGUGGAGGAUUAUAUCGAACAACAAGAGGGCUUUAAGAUUUUCUCCAGCGAGGCCGACCGAAAGAAAGACUUGCUCUCAAAGCUCAAGUCCGAAGAAUUUUGUAUAUCGACAUUUACCAGAACUGGCAAUGAGAAGAUCGAUUCCGUUUCCGAUCAGCACGUGGAGAAUAUACUCAUUGAAGAUAUCUUUCAGCUAGCUGAUAAAAAGCGAAUCAACAAUGACAAAUCGCCAACUGAAACGAUUCCAGAAUUGUCCUAUAACUCUGACGAGCAAGUCGAUAAUUGGGUGCAAAGUUUCCAUGUCGAGCAAGCACCACCCCUUGAAGUCAACACAGGUUCCAUUACAGAUUUCUUCAAGCACUUACCGAAGCUACCGAAGCUAGUUGAAAAAACUGAUGGGAUAAAAUCUGUAGUGGGGAAUGUGUGUUUAUGUGACCCUAUGGAGGCGAAUAAAGAUCCACCAAAACCUCAUGCACACAAGAAAACAGUGAAAGAGGAUAAGCAAAAACCAACUAAUAAAUCGCAGCAACGUGCCUGAGGGUAUUCAAAUGUUCUGCUUAUCGGGUGCAGCCCAUAAGCAGUUUACAAUCAAAUCCACCUACGGAGAGCUCCAUGUCAAGCAGUGCAGAUGCUUGAAUUUCAAUUUUAGCCGUUAACUUUAAUCAAAUGCACAAAAGAUCGUUUGCGGCUAGAGGCAAACAAAACAUGUAAAACACUUCACAUAAAUUGCAUCAAAGGGGACACUACGAAGCGGCAGCAGCAGCAGCAACAUCAUCAACAGCAGCAACAACAACAACAACAAUAUUAACAAAGCGUUGUAAACAAACGUUGUAGGCUGCAAACCAAAAUUGAAUUUGCGGUUUUGGCGUGUGGGCCAAGUUCCAGUUGUAGUUGGGCGUCAACUCGAACAAGUGCGUAUCAGGUAUCUAUGCGAAAGGCCGUAACACGUAAUAUCCGAUGAGACAAUGCGGCAAAUAACUGUAAAUGAAGCUAAAAUGUGGUCAGCAAAUGCGGCAACCGCACCAUA